AUGGCCGUCUGUAACUGCUUCCUCCAAGCUCCACCACUCUCUCGCUUCUUACUACCGGUUUUCUCCCGCCGCGCUGCGACUCUCUCCGCCGGCUACGGUCGGCUCAAAGCCACCGUCAUGUUCUCCUCCUCCGUGAACCGGGCCGGACCUUUGAUAUCUCCGGUCCGAGCUGAAGUAAAGCGCGCCUCGCGCAAGGACGAUGAAGUAGCUUUGGCUUCUGAUCUUCAAUUUGAGACGCCGUUGAAGAUUGUUAAGUAUCCGGAUCCUAUCUUACGGGCUAAGAACAAGAAGAUUGGUGUUUUUGACGAGAAUCUGAAGAACUUGGUCGAUGCUAUGUUUGAUAUAAUGUACAAAACGGAUGGCAUCGGGCUGGCAGCGCCACAAGUAGGUCUGAAUGUUCAACUGAUGGUGUUUAAUCCGGCUGGGGAGCCUGGUGAAGGAGAAGAAAUCGUUCUUGUGAAUCCGAAGAUCAAGAAAUACUCAGACAAAGUAGUACCAUAUGAGGAAGCAUGCCUAUCCUUCCCGGGGAUCUAUGGUGAUGUUGUCCGACCACAAUCUGUCAAGAUUGAUGCAAUGGACAUUACUGGUGCAAGAUUUUCAAUCAGUCUUUCACGUCUACCUGCACGGAUCUUUCAGCACGAAUACGACCAUCUCGAGGGAGUUCUCUUCUUCGACAGAAUGACGGAUCAAGUUCUUGACAGCAUUCGUGAACAGCUAGAGGCCUUAGAGAAGAAGUAUGAAGAGAAAACUGGAUUGCCAAGCCCUGAAAGAGUACAAGAACGACAAAAAAGGAAAGCAGGAGUUGGUUUUGGCAAACGUUGA